UCCAAACUGCAAUAACUAUUCCAAGUGUGUAACUAUUAAAACUAAAAGUGGACAAGGUUACAACGUAUAAAUAUUAAGUGUUAAAAUACUCACGAGCUUGAUUCUUUUUGAAAGUUUCCAAACCAGUAGUCUUAGUAAAAGAACUAACUGAUUAUAAUUGUCUGAAUAUGGAUUCUGUAACAAGUACUGAUGAUUUAUGUAUCGAUACGAAGACAACGCAAGAAAAUAUUCUUCUGGAAAUGAUCAAGGAGUUGUGUUGUGAAGCAAAUGGAAAAAUAUCAAGUAAUUUAAAGGGGAAAGUUAAUAGAAUAAUUGCAGAUUGCGAUUUAACACACUAUUCCAGUUUACAUAGACUUAGUACAGCUGAUGAAAGUACAUCUACUUUACUUGGGUACAUGCAACAAACAGCAACAGACCUUACUUUUGAGGAACAGGCAGAACUAAAUCAAGCUAUCAUAAAUAAAAUACAAGAGAAAAUCCCAGCAUUUACGUCUGAAUUAGACAGACUACGGCAAUUAACAAACAAGCAGUCAAACAAACAUAAAAUCAAAGAAUUACAAGAGAAUUUAGAUGAAAAACUCAAUCUAUUACAAGAACAGGAGAAUGAGAAAGUAGAGCUGAUGAUGGAGUGGCUCAAUCAUAGAUUGAAUGAAGUGACAAAGUUUAGUGACAACUCAAGUGAGUUGCUCACAUUGAAGACUCAGAUUCUAGAUUUAAAGUCAAAAAUACUGCAUCUACAGAUAUUGCAAAAUAUAUUUACUGAGACCAACCAAUCAAUAAAAGCAUACAGUGAAAUUCACAAAGACCUGCAGGACAGCAUAAAGGAAACUGAAGAGAGGAUAAAAAAAUUCCGCCAAAUUAUUGCUAGUGAUAUUUAGUUUUUUUAUGUAUUAUUUGGAAACGUCUGUAAUUCUCUUAGUUUUAUUUUUGGCCUAUGUAUUAUUUUACAUUAUAGAAGUGAAAAAUCUUAUAAA